AUGAACUUCAACUUGGCUCCAUCUUCCAGUAAUGAGCUUGAAGCUGAAGCUCCAUGUAAACUCCCCUCCACGCCUCCUCGCUCUUGUUAUCUUCCCACUGUUGGAACUCCCAGCCAAUAUUCGAGUUCUACUCCAAGCUCUCCCUCAUUAGUUUCUGCAACAGGAUCAGCAGCCAACGACACAGAUGACGAUAUAUUCCCUUUGACACCCAAUUCGAAGAGUUCGCGCCGUGACCUCAACAGUCCGUUUAACGGAGUUGAGCUGCAGACUCCAAGUUCUCCUCAGAGCAAACACUGCGAUCCUCCCCGUUGGACCACACGAUUUGAAGACCAACAUAUAUUCAAUCGAUUGGUAGGCAGACCUUUCGAUGUCGAUGAUUCAUCGGGCACCAUCAACGAGAAUGCUAGGGAUACGUAUUUGAAGAUUCUGGGAGAACUUGGCACAAACUCCUUUCUUUGUGCUGUUCAAUACCUGGAAGCAGUUCGUGAACGCUGUCGCAUGAACUACCAUGCCGCGUGCUGGGAAAUCUCGGAAUUCGAGAGGGGAAAAGCUCUCGCUCGCUCCAUGCGUGAAGAUUCAAAACGCGACUUCUCGAAGGCCGAGCAAGAAGUGCAGCAUUUAAUGGAAAUGUUUCAUCAACGCCUGUCAUUGUCCCGUCGUGGCGCCUCAGCAAGUUCUUGUCCUACUGAAGUCCGCGACAGUAUCAGGACUUCUAUCCGUCGAACGGAUGCUGUACUCGGCAUCCUAAAUGAUGCCAAAGAGAUGCGCUCUGCGGAUAGCUGGCAUCGCGCGUCCUGUUGUUUUUUCAAGAGAGCCAGUAGUCUGGCGAGUCGGAAACGACAAGAUCACGCAAAGGAGGCGUUGAUAAACUUUUCCAAAGCAAACACUACUGAUGAGCCAGUCGUGGGGCGCAGAAUUUCUUUCGCUGGACAUGCAGCCGCAGUGAGGGACCGUCCAAAUCUUAAACCGAUUACUCCUAGCAGACUCCUUGGACCAAUUUCUGUAGCUCGCAAUUUAUGCAGUGCGUCCAGUCCUGUGCUAGACUCGCAGCACACCCUUGGCUCGGAGACGCCCCAAAUUGAUCAAGUUGAUGUUGAGAUGACGGGGAGUGGUUCUUGCACUGACCAUGAUUUAGGUGAACGAGCACUCCCAAUGGGACGAAUUCUGAGAUAUCUUGAUAAUAUCAGGUCUUCGCCGGACGAUCUCAAUCAUUCCGAUAGAGCAGGCAUUCCAUCAUCACAAACAGCCUCACUACCUGCCCGAUCCCGAAUUCGACGUGUUCUUUUGACCUUAAGAGACACCCUUAAGUCCACCUUCAACUCGUUUGGCCUUUGUCGGCUCUAUCCACGUCGUCCUUCCUUCGAACCAGAUCAGUUGAUUCAAUCCUCACUACUUGCCAGAACAUCUCCGAAAACUAGUGCUCAAGAGGCUGAUUCUCCAGCAAAAGUCUUCGCGCCGCCUUACCCUUUUCCCAACAUGUCUGUCUAUCGACUUAUGUCAUGGAUGCAUUCUGGUGGCAACUUAUUAUCGGAAAAAACAGUCUCGCACCUAGUCAAAGAUGUCAUUCUAGCGGAUGAUUUCGACCGCAAAGACUUUGAGAACUUCUCGGUAAGGCAGAACUUGCGAGAACUGGAUAUGGAUGAGAGUGGAAAAAGAGUUACUUUCCCAGACGACUGGGUUCAGACUGGCGUCACCAUCAGUAUCCCCACGAGGACAAGCGAGAAUGACCCGCUACCUUAUACUAUCCACGGAUUCCAUUAUCGACCUCUCAGUUGA